CGGGAAUGAGAAGCGAUGGCGGUGUGCGCGAGUGAGGAGAAAGCCUUCCGGAGGUUCCUGGAGCUGCUGCUGCGGGACUUCAGGGCUCCCGGUGCCGAGGGGGAGCCGCCGCCCCUCAGACCCGUCUCCAACCACAUCCGAGAGGAGGAGGUGGAGGGCGAGUGUCUGGAUCUGUGCCUCCAACAUCUCUGCAAAUAUAAUGCACCCUUCUCCUUGGCUGCAGCUCUGGCAAGAGUAGCGACAAAUGAGGUCCUUCAGACUGACCUCACUGUGCUCCACAGUUUGCCCAAACUGCUGGACGGGGGUAACGGAAUUCCACUUCCAGAGUUUGACCCGAACAAACUGUCCCGAUUGGUGUUCACCAAACUCCACGAGAUCUGCUGUAGCUGGGUCAAGGAUUUGCCACUGACACGCCAGACGCAUCCGUACUUCGAGACGUCUAUUCACGCCAUCAAAAACAUGCGCAGGAAGAUGGAGGACAAGCAUGUGUGCCUGCCAGACUUCAACACGCUCUUCAAUCUGGAGGACCAGGAAGAACAGUCCUAUUUUGCUGUGUUUGAUGGGCACGGAGGAGUUGACGCUGCUAUCUACGCUUCCAUCCACCUUCACGUGAACCUGUAUCGACAGGAGGUUUUUCAGGAUGAUCCCAUUGAGGCGCUGUGUCGGGCCUUUCGUCUGACAGAUGAACAUUUCGUCCAGAAGGCUGCAAGAGAGCACCUGAGAUGUGGAACUACUGGUGUGGUGACAUUUAUCCGGGGGAACAUGCUGUACGUGGCGUGGCUGGGUGACUCCCAGGUUAUGUUGGUGCGGAGAGGGCAGGCGGUAGAACUGAUGAAACCUCAUAAACCUGAUCGCGAGGACGAAAAACAACGUAUUGAAGCCCUGGGAGGCUGUGUGGUCUGGUUUGGGGCGUGGCGGGUCAAUGGAAGCCUUUCUGUUUCCAGAGCAAUCGGGGAUGCAGAGCACAAGCCGUACAUUUGUGGUGAUGCUGACGGCGGCUGCACAGUGCUGGACGGAACCGAGGACUACCUAAUCAUUGCCUGCGAUGGCUUCUACGACACCGUGAACCCGGAUGAGGCGGUGAAGGUGGUGGCGGAUCACCUGAAGGAGAAUAACGGCGACAGCAGCAUGGUGGCCCACAAACUGGUGGCAUCAGCCCGUGACGCUGGCUCGAGCGACAACAUCACCGUCAUCGUGGUGUUCCUCAGGGACCUGAGCGUGGUAUUGGACACCAACAACGAUUCAAAGUGGACGGAGAACUCGUUUGAUGGGCCGCAGGGUGACAGUGGGGACGACAAGGAGAACCAAGGAGACUAUAAAGGACCCUGGCCUCAACAUCAUGGCUCCGCAGCGGAUCUGACUCAAGAUACUCGCGAGGAUUCGUUCACUGACAGAACUAGUUUAUGUGUCGGUCCCCAAAUUGUCCUUUUCCCUGACCAAGGUUCUCUCGAUCUUACACGUACGGAGGCAAACACACUUCUGAGUGCCAAGAAUUCUCUGUCUUCUCUGCAGGAAUAUCAUCUGCACAAACCAAAGAAGGUAGAUCUCCUGGGCAGUUGGCUUCCGUACAGACGCAGGGAGUUUGUGUCGGUAGCGCUCCAGUAUCAGAAGCUUUCGGCUGUCGGCCGGAUAAGGAGCCAAAAGCACAGCUUGGAGUGGCUGCUUCCCCUGUGUCUGGGGGCUGAGGGGAGACCGUGGAGGCCAGCAGGUCCUAGCUCGUCUCACUUGCACGUUGUCAAGAAGCGGCACAGACAGCAGUCAGGAGUGAAGCCAAAGCACCGCGCACUUCUCUUCCUCCGGCGGCCUCGCCACCAAACGGGAGCCAUCGUGUCCGUCCUCGUGCAGAAACGCAGGGGCUCAGUGCAGUGGACGCCACGGCAUAAAAAAGUGGUCCAUAUACGUUCCCCGGGGGUGAUACCAGCUGUUAGUUGGCACAGACUGGGGGAGCCGACAGGACUGUGUGGGUCUUGUCUAAUCGAACCACAAUAACAAUUCCACGCAGAGUUCCAUUGUUAUUAGGCAGUGGUUCUCAAGGUCCUCCGAUCUCAGACAAUCCUCACCUCACUAGCUUAACUGUAAUAACUUAGUUUCCAUGUGACCUGAUACUCUGGCCAAGGCUUAGUUAGGAGCCGAAGGCUGUUAAAUAAAGGUCAAGCAUGCCACAAAGCCCUGGGAAAGGAAGAACUGCUUUCUGUAGACUGAGACAUUUUCACGUAGAGCAAGUUUCUAAGAAUUGUACGUUACUGUCAGAGCUCAGAAUAAACUCGAGAUGAUGAGCCAAAGUUCAUUGGGAGGUGGGGGUGGGGGCAGGAGGAUGGCAAGGGAGAGAGUAGGCUUGAAGUUUCAGUUACCUUUGUUUUCCUUUGCUUACACAACACCCUAAACACUUAAUUCCCUCUGCCCUCACCUACAUCACAGAUGCCCAGCACCCCCCACCCCCAGAUUGGUAUGACCUACACCACCCACUGUUCCAUCUCUCCUUCUCCCUGGUGACCACCACGACCUACUCUUUCUCCCCCACCCCCAAGGUGUAACCUAUGUUACACGCUGCUCAGCUUGUUCCCUUCUGCAGUAUUGCCCACACCAGCCAACACAGUUGCAGCUCCUUAUUCAACAACACUCCGGGUGGUGGAGUUUUGAAUUACUUGAAUUUAGUGUAUGGUGGAGCUGGGGAGACCAGUGAGGAGGGGGUUGGAGUAGUCCAACCGAGAAGUGAUCAAGGCACGGAUGAGGGCUUCAGCUGUGUUGGUUGUGAGAUAUGGAUGGAGGCGGGCAAUGUGGCCAAAGUGGAAAAAAGCAGUCCUGGUUAGGGAACGGAUGUGGGGUUAGAAAGGGAAUUGAACCUAAUGCCCAAGUUGCGCACGGGUUCGGAGAGUCUGAGGGAGAGCCCGAGGAGG